AUAAGCUGCAGUUCCCCUGCAACAGGGAGAAUGGAAACGAACUAAUCGGACCGGCCGGCUUGCAAACCCCCGACGAAGAGGCGGGUCAGCGUGCCGAGAGGGGGCGGAGAAUUCGCUCCAGUAAACCAAUGGUUGCAGGCAGCCGUGCUUGUGUGGCGGUCGGCGGGUUUGAUCCUUCGGGCUGUCAGAGAGAAGUCCCAUCGCUCUGGUGAAAUUGGUCCUCGGGAUAAAGCGAGCGGUCCCUUGCCUGGGCUGGAGAGGACUUGUUUCCAAAGCUUAAGCGUUGGCGCUGGUUGGAGAUGAUGCUGUUGUGUGCAGUGUUGGGUGCCUGCUGGCUGCUGGCGGACGGCAGGGUUACCAGGCGCUCGCCCCGCUGUGAGCAACCCUGCGACCUGUCCCGGUGCCCCGAGCUGCCCUCCGAGUGCUGGGCUGGCCAGGUGCUGGAUUCCUGCGGCUGCUGCCCGCUCUGCGCCGCCGGCGAGGGCGAGUCGUGCGGCAGCCGGACGGACGUGGCCAGCUGCGGCGAGGGGCUCAAGUGUUCGGUACCGCCGCCGCCCGCCUACGCGGCAAAGAGGAGGAUCAAGGGGGUGUGCGUCUGUGCCAGCAGCGAGCCGGUGUGUGGCAGCGACGGCAGCACCUACCGCAACGUCUGCCACCUGAAGGCGGUGAGUCGCCGGGCUCAGAGCCUCAACCAGCCGCCUGUCAUCUUCAUCCAGAGGGGAGCCUGCGGUCUAGGUCAGAAUGACCCAAACAGCCUGCGACACAAGUACAAUUUUAUAGCAGAUGUGGUGGAUAAGAUCGCUCCUGCCGUGGUUCACAUUGAACUUUUUCGUAGGGCAGUUUAUUCCAACCGUGAAUUGUCUGUUGCAAGUGGUUCGGGGUUCAUUGUCUCUGAAGAUGGAUUGAUAGUGACAAAUGCACAUGUGGUCACCAACAAGCAGAGAGUGAAAGUGGAACUGAGGAAUGGAGCAACAUACAAUGCCAAAAUAAAAGACAUAGAUGAGAAGGCAGAUCUUGCUUUAAUUAAAAUAGAUACUCCGGUAAAACUGCCGGUGCUGUUGCUAGGUCGCUCCACAGACCUGAGGCCAGGGGAGUUUGUGGUUGCCAUUGGAAGUCCAUUUUCACUGCAAAACACGGUGACGACUGGAAUAGUGAGCACGACUCAGCGAGGAGGAAAGGAAUUGGGGCUUCGAAAUUCUGACAUCGAUUACAUUCAGACAGAUGCAAUUAUCAAUUUUGGAAACUCAGGUGGACCAUUGGUGAAUUUGGAUGGUGAAGUUGUUGGCAUUAACACCCUGAAGGUGACUGCAGGAAUAUCAUUUGCAAUUCCAUCAGACAAAAUCCGGCAAUUUCUAGUUGAAUCUCAUGACCGACAAGUGAAAGGGCAAACUCCAACAAAAAAAAGAUAUCUUGGAGUUAGAAUGAUUACACUUACCCCUGGCCUUGCCAAGGAACUGAGGGAACGUCAGAGUUAUUUCCCAGAUGUUAAUUCUGGAGCCUAUAUCAUCGAGGUUCUUCCACGUACACCUGCUUCCAGUGGUGGCCUGAAGGAUAAUGACGUGAUUAUUAGUAUCAAUAAUCAUUUGAUAACUUCUUCCAGUGAUGUCAGUGAAGCAAUUAAAAAGGAUCCAUCCUUGUCAAUUGUUGUCCGUCGAGGCAAUAGAGAUGUGAUAAUAAAUGUUGUCACUGAAGAAAUUGAACCUUAAAUGGAGCUGGGUCUCCUGCCUUUAUGAAUAAAACAACAAAGAUAUUGGGUAUUUACUGGAUAAAUGCAGUCUCUAGUUAAUAGCUUAUAAUCCUGUUGAUAUUUCUACUGCAAAAUGUCAUCAGGAGAUAUCUACAGCUUGGAUAUAAUUCUUUGUUGAUUACAAGCUGAGAUGAUCCUGAAGUUGUAAAGUUUAUUUCAUGUAUUUCCUUGAUGCAUCUUUUCAUACUUUUUUUUCUUGAUUUUAUUGUAAUCUGCUUUACUUCAAAUGUCAGUGUAAGCAAUGACUCAGCCAGAAAUUUCACUUCAUGAUGUUGAGAUUAUCAUUAUUGGCACCAAUUCUCUUGCAGUUACCUAAUCUUCACUCAGUAAUGGUAAAAUUGAAAUCUAAUUUUGCUCGCAUGGGCCUGGAAAAUUUAAGGUGUUGGUGCAGCCUUUUUUCUACUGGAUAUCAGAAUGUGGUAGCCAAGUUACUCACCAUCAGGAUGAGGUGGACUGUGAAACAAACAUGGGAACACAGCUGUAUUCUUUCCCUCCUUCAACCCUCACUGUCCAUGUUUUCUACAGCGCAGACAUACCAUGAAGUUCAAAUGUUGAAGUGCCAACUUGAUCUAAGUCAAGAGGCUGAUUGUUGGUGUAUUUUUUUUCUUCCAUUUGUAUGAAUAUUUUUUCCUAUCAGCAGGUUACUUUACAUGCAUUCCAGUAUUAUUCUGCCAGGGCUACAUUGGGAGAGUGAGAAGGUAGAAAUUCUCUAUUCAAUGGAUUAGAUUGGCGAUUUUUCUAUCUCACCACCUACUGGGAAAUCUGAGUUUGGGUAGUUUGUGUACACUCCACUCAUCUCCAGUUAAAAAGUUUCAAGUGAAAUUUAGGAGAAGGAUCAAUUUUGAACUGCACUGUGAAUAAUGCCCGUUGAUACCUGGGCUUUGUAGCCAAGGUUUAUAUGCUGUUAAAUAUUUUAAGGAGAAGUGCACUUAUAUCAGGGUAAGUUUUCUCUGUUCUGCUCCAAUAUGCAACAAAAGAAAAUUUGAUGCUAAUUAUUUGCCUUGAACAAGACUGCAGCUGAAUCUUUGUCUGCAUCAGUUGGCUGCACCUGGCUUUAUUUGAAACAUUUUUAACAGUGUGAAUGUCAAACAGCUCUGCACAAAACAUCUCUCUGGAUUGCACUAGGAAAAGUCCAGUGGAAAAUUGUCCCACUAAUGAGGUGCUACUGCCUCCUGCCCUGGCAUUUAGGCAAUGUCUGUCUUAAGAGUUAGACUUGUGUUGUCAAUAAAGGUCUUUAUUGGU